UUGUUUUUUAACGUAGUUGUUUUGUGAUCCCUGAUUUGCACCGCGUGGUUCCAAUUUGCACCGCAUGGUUCCAGCUCGCGACGACGUCGUCAUAGUGGGUAGUUCCGUUGUGUGGUGUCGUAACUGGCGUCCUGCUCGGGCUGAGAUUCGCCCAGCUUCGACCGCGAGACGCGCCGGUGUAUUUUUUGCAUUAAAAACCGGAUGGGUUGCCGCUAACAGUCCGGAGACCUCCCGCACACCUAUUCAUGAGUUCUGGGCUGAAUCCUUUCGGGUCGAUUUUCGGUGAUCGAUUGGCCUUGUCAUCGACUAGAAAUCACCGCGCAUCCACUCGGUAGGACCCGCGGUAGCUCGCCAAGUGCAGCAGCACGUAGCGCAGCUAGUCUACGCACACGUGCGCAAGAAACCGCUGCUCAAUCGCUGCGGUAACCACCAAAAACAGCCAGCGACGACAGCCACAAAUCCAGCAUGCCUGGCAACUUCGCGCCCUUCGAGGCGAAGAUGAGGGCGGACGGGCUUUCGGACGCCGCGGUGGCGGCGUUUAAGAACGCCUACGAUGCGCUCACGAGCGGCGCCACGGGCAUGAUCCCCGAGUCCGAGCUCACGCCGGCGUCGGGCGUCCCGAAGCUAGUGGAUGUCGAAGCCCCGGAAGCCGACGCCCAACUCCUAGCCAAAACGGUGGUCCUCAAGCUCAAUGGUGGGUUGGGCACGUCCAUGGGCUUGGAUUAUGCCAAGAGUCUCUUAAAGGUGAAGGGCGCGGACACGUUUUUGGACCUCACGGCCAAACAAAUCAUGCAGAUGCGCGACGACCUGCAGACGAACGUCAAAUUUGUAUUGAUGAACUCCUUCGCCACGUCCGCCGACACGAUGGCCUUCUUCCGCGAGAAGUACCCCGCGCUCUACGCGGACCCGAACUUGGAGUUCGUCCAGAACAAGGUGCCGAAGAUCCGCCGAGAUAACUUCGAGCCCGCCCUCUGGCCGACGAAGCCCAGUGUCGAGUGGUGCCCCCCUGGUCAUGGUGAUUUAUAUGCCGCUUUGUUGGGUAGUGGUACGCUCGACUCUAUGCUUGCGCAGGGAUCCAAAUAUUUAUUCGUGUCGAACUCUGAUAAUCUAGGAGCCACCCUAGACCCCAAACUCCUAUCAUAUUUCGCCCAGAGCAAGGCGCCGUUUAUGAUGGAAUGCUGCGAACGUACUAGUAAUGACAAGAAGGGAGGGCAUUUGGCGUCGCGAGGGGGUCAGUUGAUCCUGCGGGAGGCGGCGCAGUGCCCCGACGAGGACGAGGACGCCUUCCAGGACAUCAGCAAGCACCGCUACUUCAACACGAACAACCUCUGGAUCGACCUCGAGGCCCUCAAGGCCAUCAUGACGGCUCAUGGUGGAGUGGUACCUUUACCGAUGAUCAAGAACAAGAAGACCGUGCGCUUGCCGCGUCUUCGUGAGACCACGUAGUGACGCUGUCGACGCGACGCGCCAUCGACACGACCCCGUCACAACGCAGGUCGACCCCAAGGACGACGCGUCGACGCCCGUCUUCCAGCUCGAGACGGCCAUGGGCGCGGCCAUCGAGUGCUUCAAGGGCGCCACGGCCAUCGUCGUGCCCCGCACGCGCUUCGCGCCCGUCAAGAAGUGCAACGAUCUAUUGCUAUUAAGAUCGGAUGCGUACGCUUGCGUCAACUCCGUGCCCGUGUUGGCCGAAGGCGUCACCGCUGCCCCUUCUGUCUCGCUGGACUCCAAGAAGUACAAACUAGUGCAGCAGCUCGAAGCGAACCUUAUUGGAGGAAGCGCCCCUUCUCUCAAGUCAUGCUCGUCGUUAACGGUCAAGGGCGACGUGCGGUUAUCCUCGAAAAACGUCUUCGUCGGUUCUGUCACCAUAAAAAACGAAUCUGAUGAACCCAAGACCUUGCCUCCUGGACGGUAUGAGAACACGACGAUCGACCUGACGGCGGCGCCGGGCCUGGGUGCGCUCAAAGUCUCGACCCUCAAAACGGCGCCGAUCGACGGCCAAAAACCCGGCACCUCUGGCUUGAGGAAGAAAACGGCCGUCUUCACGGAGGGUAAAUAUCUGCACAACUUCGUCCAGGCGACCUUCGACGCCCUUCGUAGUACGGGUGCCGACUUGGAGUGCCAGACGCUGUUGAUCGGUGGGGACGGCCGCUACUACAACGACGUCGCGAUCAACAUCAUCACGAAGAUCGCGCUGGCGAACGGUGUGCGGAGGGUGUGGGUCGCGAAGGAUGGGUUGGCCUCGACUCCCGCCGUGUCGGCGUUGAUCCGGGAAGGCGGGCCCCAAUGGAAAAAGGUCUUCGGGGCCUUCAUCCUGACGGCGUCGCACAACCCGGGCGGGCCCAACGAGGACUUCGGCAUCAAGUACAACUGCGAGAACGGCGGGCCCGCGCCCGAGAAGCUGACGAACGCCAUCUACAAGAACACGACUACGAUUACGUCCAUAAAGAUGUGUGCCGAGUGUCCUGAUGUGGAUCCUUCGGUGUUGGGCGAGACCGUGAUUGAGGCUCGAGACGGCUCUCGACGUGUCAGUGUGGAGGUCGUCGACGGUGUGGCUGCUCACGUCGAUCUACUCAGAACGGUGUUCGACCUCGGAGCCAUCAAGGCGCUCUUAGACAGACCGGACUUCUCCAUCUGCUUCGACGCCAUGCACGGCGUCACGGGGCCCUACGCCAAGGCGCUGUUCUGCGACGUGCUGGGCCAGCCGGCUUCUUGUCUCAUCAACGCGGUUCCGAAGGACGACUUCGGCGGGCACCACGCGGACCCGAACUUGACCUAUGCGGUGGAUUUGACGAAGAAGAUGGGCGUCGACCGAUUGGGCCAGCCUGUUGGUUCGUCUCAGGGUGUGCCGUCGUUGGGGGCGGCGUCGGACGGUGACGGCGAUAGAAACAUGAUCCUCGGUGCGUGCCGGCGUCCUCAUUGAGUCAUCAUGUCGCCUCGACGCCGUCGACGCAAGGCACCGCUCCGACGCCGUCGACGCGACGCCAACGCGCCCGCAACGCAGGCACCCAGUUCUUCGUCACGCCCUCUGACAGUUUAGCUAUUCUGGCGGCGCACGCGGACUGCAUCCCCUUCUUCGCGGCCCAGGGCGGCAUCAAGGCCGUGGCGCGGUCGAUGCCUACUUCCGGUGCCGUCGACCGCGUCGCCCAGGCGAAGAAUUUGGCUCUCUUCGAGACGCCGACGGGCUGGAAGUUCUUCGGCAACCUCAUGGACUCGAAAGCGCUGUUUGGUGGUACGGACUACACGCCCUUCCUGUGUGGCGAGGAGUCCUUCGGGACUGGUUCAGACCACGUCCGCGAAAAAGAUGGCCUCUGGGCCGUGUUAGCUUGGUUGCAGAUCUUGGCGGCGCACAACGCACCAGGCAAACCCUUAGUAACGGUCGAAAGCAUCGUCAAGGACCACUGGGCGACGUACGGCAGAAAUUAUUACUGCAGGUACGACUACGAAGGGGUCGACAAGCCCAAGGCCCAGGCCAUGUUCGCCGCCAUGACGUCGGCUACAUCAUCGAACACGGGCCGCGUCGUGCAAGGUUCUAAGAUUGCCACGGCCGACGUUUUUGAGUACCUCGAUCCCGUUGACGGUUCUAUCAGUAAAAACCAGGGCAUCCGCUUCCUCAUGGAGGACGGUUCCAGAGUUAUCUUCCGGCUGUCGGGCACGGCGGGCUCCGGCGCGACGGUGCGCAUGUACAUCGAGAAGUACGUGCCUCCUACCGGUGCGCUGCACGAGGUCUGCGCGAACGUCGUCGGCGACUUGGUGAAGGCUGCCUUGGAGCUGUCGUCGUUGGUGAAGUUCACGGGCAUGGAGUCGCCGACGGUGAUCACGUAGUUGCUCGGUAUCCCCCCUCAUCCCCCCCGUCGUACAUAGUAUACCUGGCUAACACGAGUCACACGCUACUUACUU